UAUAAAAUGUGCAUGCAUUAAAAACCCCCCUCACCUAUUUGAUAAUCAUUAUUAGUGAUGUUAAAUUACACAGAGCUCCUUAAAAUUAGAGGCUGUGGGGGGCAAUAUAGGGCAAGAAGUGGUACCCUCAACCGGGCAAAGUGAGGUGGUACCUACAAUCAUUGAGGAAUCAACCGUGGAGUCCCUAAACAAUAUCCAGUUUUUCAGCUGAGAUGGGCCACUGGUUGAAAAUGAAGACAUCAUUCUUCACACUGAGUUCACAUGGACACGACAGUCAAACUGAUCUCAACACCUUUGGACUGAGCUUCACCACUCAAAAGAUGGAAAACGUUACCUGCUCCAGUAAACCGUAAAAGGAGGAGUGUGGUGGAGCAAGAAUUUGCAGUAUCCUUUUCUGAUGGUACCUCCAGAGGAGAGGGAGCUGGUGGAUCUUGAUAGAGCCAAGAAGAAAUGUUGCUAGUGUUCUCUACCGUAUGACUGGCAACUCAUUAAAUUGUCUGUACAUCCAUCAGUAGAGUACUGAGUUACUAACUGAGAGCUUAGUACACUGAGCUGUCAAUGUGCAUGUGAGCUAGACACUAAUAUUGAUUCGUUGCCAAGAGGCUCUAUGA